AUGGCUGCCGCUUUGGACCCAGAUGAGGUGCUUCGUUCUUCGAAAGGGAGAGAUAAUUAUCAGCGUCUGGCUCGGCUUUUGAUAAGUGGAGGUACUGUGCUAUUGAGGGAGGCUUUUGAUAUCAAAUGUCCACCAAGUAAUCUUUCCACAACACUUCAAAAUCCAGCCACGAAGAAGCUACUUAAGGCAGCAAAGCUCACAAAGCCUCAGAGGGACUGCCUGUACCCUUCCCCAGGAAUGUACGGAAAGUCAACAGACUUUGAUAUAACUCUCCUUUUCCGGUUGCUGAGGACAAUAUGCGGCCUUGCCCCUCCUGUCACGGGCUGGGAUGCGCUACCGGCAAGUACAGAUGACAGUUUAGAAGCAGAUUUAGCUAGAAUCAAAUAUUACCGCAAUUCGAUAUAUGGUCAUGUGACCGAGAACAUGGAAAUCUCAGAUGACGAGUUUUUAGUUCUUUGGAGAGAAAUCAGCGGGGCUCUGGUGGGAGUUGCGGGUCAAAUCAGCCCUGCAAAGGCAAAAGAAUGGCAGAAUGCUAUUGAUACAUUUUUAAAAGAUCCCCUCACAGAGGAAGACAAGAGACACGAGCAGGAAUUGCAGCGCUGGUACCAGAAUGACACAGAAGUAAAGGAAUGCCUGGAAAAGGUAAAAUCUUCAAUGAAGAAUUUGGAGAAAGAAGCUCAAUACUUAAGACAAGAGGUUCGAGAAGAAGCCCAAGAUAUUAAAGAUGAGCUCGGCGGGAAAGUAGAAUCUACAGCCCAACAAGUGCAGCGCUUAGGACAAGACAUCAAAGAUGAGCUCGGAGGGAAAGUAGAAUCUACAGCCCAACAAGUGCAGCGCUUAGGACAAGACAUCAAAGAUGAGCUCGGAGGGAAAGUAGAAUCUACAGCCCAACAAGUACAUCGCUUGAGGCAAGAGUUUCGAGAUGAAGCCCAAGACAUCAAAGAUCGAUUAAAACUGGGUGGGCGACCCACUUCCUCAGCUGGAGGUCAGCUUGUUGAUAUUUACUGUAUAUCUAUUACUUGUAAAGCAUUUUUCCUUUUACAUAAGCACUUACGUAACGCACAAGGGUCACAUGUACGGUGCACAUUGUACACUUUUUAUGACAGAAAUGGCUUCAUAUAUUUUUGCAGCGGAGAAAUGUCAAUUAUUUAUCGUUACUUGACUAUAGCCGGACGACCAUUCAUAUUAAUUGCCUGUUUUGCCUCUGUUGUGAAUGGUUAGUCGCUGCAGUUACUGACACUUUUUCCCCUUACAGUUAAAAUUCGAAUGAGGAUUGAUUGUGAGACCAUCCCAGACCCUCAUCCGCCACUUGAGACAUCAGAGACAGUGGUCAUAGCCAGUCAGGGUACCCAAGCUUGUGGCGACGAGCUGGUAGUUACUGGAACGUCAGAAGGAACGUCUGAAGACACACAGGAUACCCAGGCCGGAUGCCACGAGAUGGUAGUUACUGGAGUUAAGCGUAAGGCAGUGGAACCUGUUGCAUCUGCUGGUCUACCACUCGCGGGAAGAACAGAAAGCGCCGAGGAAGGAGGUUCUCAAGGAGUUAUGAAUUUCAUCGCGCGCAAGUACUUUCAGACGGUUGACACAACCAAACCUGAGGAAUUAAAUGGUUUUCUACGGUUUUUAACAGAUGUGCGCAAAGUUCUAGUCCUAGACGCACAAUCAGGAAGUUUGUUAUUGACAGCACUAUGUAGCUCAUUGGAAAUACUGGAUGCCCUGUGGUAUGACUAUUGCACAGGUCACCUGAAUGACAUGGCACAGAAAUAUCUUGUGACAAAGGAAGUUCUGAAGGAGUUUGGCUUGACUGAGCUGAAACUGACAACAACUAUUCAGGGGGAGGAGUACAUGGCUGCACGAAAGUUGUUUCUGCAGGGUUCAGGUGAGUACACAGAAAAUGUUUCGGAGAGUUGUCUUUAACCGAAUAAAUAGGGCAUCGUCGUCGUAAAUGGUUUAAAACACGUUAGCAUAGGUUUUCAUGUUUUGUUUUUUUUUAUGCUUUCUCAUACAUGUUUACAAAUUUGUUGUUUCAUCACAUUCAGACAGGUAUCAUUCAUGAAAUUUAAUUAUCAGAUUUAAUACUUGUGCUCUCUUUAUUUAAUCGAGAGAUGGGGAUCGAGGACAGAGGGAGGCGACGCUAAGACGUCCUCACGACCUUUUGACAUUUUUAGGAAACUGAUCCAACUCCUUAUAUCGGGUUAGCCCAAAGUAGUAAAUAUCUUGUCAAGUCAAUAGUUUAACAAAAUGAACAAAUUUCUUUGAAUAGCCUGCUAAGAAAUGCAUGGUCGUCAAUUUGCAGAAUUGUUCUCUAUAAAUCACUGUAAAAAAGGAAAUUUAUGUGACCCGAGCACUCAAUCUGGCUAUCCUUCUCUCAUACUGAUAGACAGAUUCGUACUGGGAGUGGCUAAAAUGAUCGAAAAAUGCUUUACAAAGAUCGCUUGAAUAUAUUUGCGAUGGAUAAAGCUUACAAUAAUCAAUCAUUCAAACAAUUUAUAAGGGCGUCUGAUGAUGCUACCUGCUCUAUCAUCUCUAAUCUUGAACGAAGCUGAUGUAAAUUCUUUUCAUAUUUGCUUUCAGAUCAAGGUCCACUUGGAAUGACAAGUAACAGAAGUAUCGCAAUCGGCCAAAAGUCGACAUCCUGUGAAAACCUCCACGCUAUCGCACCAGGAACAAUGGGAAAAGGUUCUGUUGGCUCACCGGAGAGUCUACUUGAAAAACUUGAAGGAGUUCCGGACGAUAUCCGUGUUUUCAAGGGGGAACUGGAAGGAGAUCUUCCCCCUGAAACGUUGUCAAGGCCACCACGACGGCUAAAUCUUCGAGGUGGCGGGCAAAUCUUUGUAAAAACAUUGACUGGAAAGAUGAUCACUUUGGAAGUGGAACCGUCAGACACCAUUGAGAACGUGAAAACAAAAAUUCAAGACAAAGAAGGAAUUCCACCGGAGCAGCAAUAUUUAAUCUUUGCCGGGAAGCAAUUGGACGAUGGCCGUUGUUUGAGUGACUACAAUAUUCAGAAAGAAUCAAUACUUCACUUGGUUUUAAGACUGCGUGGUGGCAUACAAAUCUUUUUAAAAACAUUGACUGGAAGGAUAACCAUUUUGAAAGUGGAACCGUCAGACACCAUUGAGAAAGUGAAAAAAAAAGUUCAACACACAGAAGGAAUCCCUCCAGACGAGCAACGUCUUAUCUUUGCCGGGCAGCAAUUGGAAGAUGGACGUUGUCUGAGUGACUACAAUGUUCUCAGAGAGGCGACUCUUCACUUGGUUUUAAGACUGCGUGGUGGUGGCAUUCAAAUCUUUAUAAAAACAUUGACUGGAAAGACGAUCACUUUGGUAGUGGGCCCUUCAGAGACGAUUAAGAACGUGAAACUGAAAAUUCAGGACGAAGAGGGUAUCCCACCAAGCCAGCAACAUCUGAUCUUUAGGCGGCAAGAACUCGAAGACCACCAAACGUUAAAAGAGUACAAAGUCACAAACAAAUCUUCGGUACAUUUGCGACUCGAGGACGAACUUGAUAGAAUACUUAUCAAUGUGGAGUUUCCAACUGGAAGGAAGAUUUUUAUAAAUGUUUCACCAAAGGAUGAUUUUGAGAGCGUGAGAAAGAUGAUCUGUGAUAGAGAAGGGAUUCCAGUUGAUCAACAACGCCUCAGCUUUGUUGGCAAAGAAGUUGUAGACGACCACCUUCCUCUGAGUGAGUACCACAAUGAGAUUGAAUUAUCUUUGCAACUGGAUGUGAAACAACAAAAAAAUGAAUUCCUUCUUCAUGUGAAGACACCAUCUGGAAAAACAAAGAUCAAAGUUGAAGCUGUAUCAGGAGAUACCAUCCAGGAUGUGAAAAGGAAAAUAAUGGAAGAGAUUGGAAUACCGCAACAUCAGCAACUACUUAUGUUUAACAGUCAGGAAAUUGAAGAUGAGCGCCGCACGCUGGAAAGCUACGACAUCAACAGCGACUCCAUCAUUGAACUGGUUAUCAGAAGAACACAUAGCAACGAAAGGCAUAUUUACGUGAAAAUGCCUAAUGGUAUAAGAAUCGUAGUAGAUGUAUCACUGGAAGAUACCAUCGCGGAUGUGAAAGAGAAAAUAAAAGAAUUGAUAGGAACGCCGGUCAACAAGCAGCUAAUCACUUUUGGUGACACAAAGCUCGAAGGUGACAACAAACUGAGUGAUUUCGGUGUGGAAUAUGGAUCCACAGUUUCAAUGAUCACCAGUUCUACUACUCUGAAGAAGUGCAUCGUAAGUUAAUUAAACUAGGCCUAGCAUAAAUCUCAAAAUGGAGUGCUUAGUUGUAGAAGACAAAGCGAUUUGACAGCUCCAUAAAAGAAGCAGACAGACUUUUCUUCAGUUUGGGAACGAGUUAAAAUGCGAUGUUUGAGAGAAUCCUUUCAGCUCUUUUCAUAGAUCUGACAAUGCAGAUACCGCUGAUCAUUGAAAUUAUUGAACCUGGAGUUAGUUCCAAGAUGGCCAGUCACCAAAGGAUGACAGAUCUUGCGCUAGGCUUUGGCGCGCAAAACGGAUUUUAAGUCGUUUGCGCGUUCGAUUUUCUAUUUUGUUGCUUGUAGGCGUUGUUUCCUUGCCGCUUUUCUCUUAAAGAACAACCGCCAAAAAUUAAGUUUGUACACCCCCCUAAAUAUUAUUAAAAAACAGAGCCAUUUUUCCUUAAGAAUUUCAUUUAUUGAAAGGCAUCAGAAUCUUGAAGCAUGUAAAACAUGUAGGAAUGUAAAUGACGAUAGGCUUUUUAUACGAAGAUAUUUAUACCGAUAACUUUUUCCAGCAUUCAUUUCUGAGCUUCAAGAUAUCACGAGGUAACUAUGUAACAGUC